UGUUCAGUAUCUUUGUUGAGGGUGUGCUCUGUUGUGUUAUUAAAGAGGCUCUUCCUCUGUCAACAUAGGCUACAGCUGAGGAGACACUUGCCCAGUUUUUGCCACAGAUGACAGUGACAGAGAUGUUCCGAGGAAAAGCUUGGAUCCCAGGUUGCAUCCUGCUUGUGCUGGUCACAUUAUGUGGUCAAACUGUUCACUGCCAAAAUCAACACGAAGGUUCUACACAGUUGAGAGAACUGAGACUCAUUAUUGUUGGAAAAACUGGAGCAGGAAAGAGUGCUUCUGGAAACACCAUCCUGGGCCGUCAAGAUGCCUUUAAAGAGAGCAUGUCUCCUGCGUCUGUGACUCAAGGCUGCCAAAGAGAAGAGGUAAAACAUGGGGACAGGAAGAUUGUUGUCAUCGACUCUCCAGGAUUGUUUGACACAAACAAAACACAAGCAGAAGUGAAAACAAACAUUGAGGACUGUAUUAGACAGUCGGUUCCUGGAACCCAUGCUUUUCUGUUAGUGAUCAGUCUGAAGUCAAGAUUCACAGAGGAGGAGAGGGCAGCUGUGAAGUGGGUCGAGGAUAAUUUUGGCUCAGAUGCUUCCAUGUAUAUCAUAGUCCUGUUUACACAUGCUGAUUUGUUGGAGGGUAAAUCUGUGGAAGACUAUCUGACAGAGAGCAAAGACCUAAAGAGACUGGUAAAUCAGUGUGGAAGAAGAUACCAUGCAUUCAACAAUUCCCAGAAACAAAACAGAAAACAGGUCAGGGAGCUUCUACAUAAGAUAGAGAACAUGCUGAAGUUCAAUGGAGAGAGUUACUACACCAAUGAGAUGUAUGAGAAAGCCCAGAGGAAACUUGAGGAAGAAAGGAAAAAAAUGGAGGAGGCGGCAAAGCGAAGAAAGAAGGAAGAGGAAGAGAAGAUCAGAGAGGAGGAGAAAAAGAUUGCUUGGUGUAAAAACAUAGCUCUUGUUUCUCUGGGACUUUUAGGUGCAGGAGCAUUUACCUCCUCUUAUCUUCUCACACUUGCUGGAGCAGCUGGACUCACUCAAGGCUACAAUUGCACUUUAGAUAUGUUUUUUUAGUUGUGUCACAAUAAACUGUGACAAAAAGUAAUAUGGGAGAAGCAAUAAAUAAUCUUUGACACUGAAACAAGUAUGGAUACUAUAGCCCCUACUCAGAAACCUCUCCAGUAAAUCUUCGCCAUAGAAAUUAACCUGCAUGCUUUGUUUGUUAUUGGGAAAUACUUUUUCAAUAAAGUCUGAAGUUCAAAUCAUUUUA